CCUUGUCCGGUGCACUGAGGACGGACGCUGCCCCUGUUCACCCUCGAGCGCCUAACUGAUAAGUCUUACGCUCAAAUUACAGAAGUCCAGGGUGCUGUCAUUGCUUUUUAAAAAAAACAUCCCAGAGAAAAGAAGCUCCGCGGAGAGUUCCUGAAAUGCAGAGAGUCAGAGAAGCCGAAACGAUGAAAAGUCAGGUACUGUUUCCCUUUCUGCUGUCUUUGUUCUGCGGGGCCAUCUCCCAGCAGAUCCGAUACACGAUUCCAGAGGAGCUAGCCAACGGCUCACGGGUGGGGAACCUUGCUAAGGAUCUGGGGCUCAGUGUCCAGGAGUUGCCAACUCGAAAACUGCGGGUUAGUGCAGAGGAUUAUUUCAACGUUAGUUUGGAGAGCGGGGAUUUGUUAGUGAACGGUAGGAUAGAUCGAGAGAAGAUUUGCGGAAGGAAACUUGAGUGUGCACUAGAAUUCGAAACGGUCUCUGAAAACCCAAUGAAUGUUUUCCACGUGGUUGUUGUAAUCCAAGAUAUUAAUGACAAUGCACCACGUUUCGUUGCAAAAGGCAUUAACUUAGAAAUUUGUGAGUCAGCCUUACCCGGGGUAAAAUUCUCUCUGGAUUCUGCGCAAGAUGCAGAUGUGGACGGCAAUUCACUGAAGAUAUACACCAUCAACCCCAAUCAAUACUUCUCUCUGUCAACGAAGGAAAGUCCUGAUGGAAGUAAAUAUCCGGAAUUACUGCUGGAAAAACCUCUAGACAGGGAACAUCAGAGCUCUCAUCGCUUAAUCCUGACUGCCAUGGAUGGCGGGGACCCGCCUCUAAGCGGCACCACCCACAUCUCGAUCCGAGUCACCGAUGCCAAUGAUAAUGCUCCCAUGUUUAGCCAGGAUGUAUACAGGGUUAGCCUCCAAGAAAACGUGCCGUGGGGAACCUCCGUGCUGCGGGUGAUGGCCACAGACCAGGAUGAGGGCAUUAAUGCAGAGAUCACCUAUGCCUUCCUCAAUUCCCCAAUAAGUACCAGCCUCUUCAAUCUCAAUCCAAAUACCGGCGACAUCACAACCAAUGGCACAUUGGACUUUGAAGAAACAAGUAGAUAUGUGUUGGGUGUAGAAGCCAAGGAUGGAGGAGUACACACAGCUCACUGUAAUGUUCAAAUAGAAAUCGUUGAUGAGAAUGACAAUGCCCCUGAGGUGACAUUCAUGUCCUUCUCUAACCAGAUUCCAGAGGAUUCAGACCUUGGAACUGUAAUAGCCCUCAUAAAAGUGCGAGACAAGGAUUCUGGGCAAAAUGGCAUGGUGACAUGCUCUAUUCAGGAAGACGUUCCUUUCAAAUUAGAAUCCACCUCGAAGAAUUUUUACAAGAUGGUGAUUGGUGGAGCCCUAAACCGGGAGCAGACAGCAGACUACAACAUCACAAUCAUAGCCACCGACAAGGGCAAACCAUCCCUUUCCUCCAGGACAAGCAUCACCCUGCACAUCUCCGACAUCAACGACAAUGCACCUGUUUUCCAUCAGGCCUCCUACGUGGUCCAUGUGGCUGAGAACAACCCACCUGGAGCCUCUAUUGCACAAGUGAGCGCCUCCGACCCGGAUUUGGGACCCAACGGCAGCGUCUCCUACUCUAUUCUGGCCAGUGACCUGGAGCCGCAGGAGCUGUUGUCCUACGUGUCCGUGAGCGCGCAGAGCGGGGUGGUGUUCGCGCAGCGCGCCUUCGACCACGAGCAGUUGCGCGCCUUCGAGCUCACACUGCAGGCCUGCGACCAGGGCUCCCCCGCGCUCAGCGCCAACGUGAGCCUGCGAGUGUUGGUGGGCGACCUCAAUGACAAUGCGCCGCGGGUGCUGUACCCUGCGCUGGGGUCUGAUGGCUCUGCACUUUUCGAUAUGGUGCCACGCGCCGCAGAGCCUGGCUACCUGGUGACCAAGGUGGUGGCGGUGGACGCAGACUCGGGACACAACGCCUGGCUGUCCUACCACGUGCUGCAGGCCAGCGAGCCCGGGCUCUUCAGCCUGGGGCUGCGCACGGGUGAGGUGCGCACAGCGCGUGCCUUGGGCGAGAGGGACGCGGCCCAUCAGAGUUAUUUAUCCAUUGUUUUAGGCUUUGCAUUUGAACCGGUCAUUCAUGAAACAUUGAAAGGCUUCAUAAAAAAGUUACUACUCUAUGAAAGGAGAGAUAAGUAUGUCCCUCACACAGUACACAGUACUGAGAAUGAGCUGUGGGGAUGA